CUUUUGGAUACAGAACCCAUGGAGGCGAUGAUGGUGGAGACAUACGAGAGCUUUGAUGCUCAGUCACGGCGCUAUUACUUCCUGAGCGAGGAACCCGAGGAUGCUGUGGGGCCGCAGCAGCGCUGCCUGGAGCUGGAGCAGCAGGUGGCAGCGCUGCUGGAGGAGAAGGGCAGCCUGGCCCAGGAGAACCGGGUGCUGCGGGAGGAGAAAGCCCAGCUGGAAGCUGACGCCGUGGGUGCUGCCUCCAAGAAGCUGCAGCUGCUGCAGGCGCAGGUGGAGGAGCUGCAGGAGGAAAACUACCGGUUGGAGAGUGGGAAGGAGGAGCUGCGGGCGCGCUGCAGCCGGCUGGAGCAGGAGGCGCGGGGGCUGCAGGCGCGGGCGGAGGAGCUCAGCAGCCUGGCUGGGGAAGCACGGGCACUGCGUGACGAGAUGGACGCGCUGAGGGCAUCCUCUGCCCGUGCGGGGCGGCUGGAGGCGGCGGUGGCAGCGUACCGGGGCCGUGCGGCGGCGGCGGGGGCCCUGAGGCGCUGGGUGCGGGCGCUGGAGGAGCGGCACGCCGGGCAGCUGCGCCGUGCCAACGCGCUGCAGCAGCAGCUGGGCAGAGCGCAGGCGGGCAGGGCGCAGCUGGAGGCGGCCCGACGGCAGGUGGGCGGGGCUUCGGGAGAGGGGCGGGGCUACAGGUGGUGAGCGGGAUA